AUGACGGUUGCUGUUGGCAGCAAGGCGCCGUUAAUUCUUCAAAUUCCCCAGCUUGCCCAUCGUCUGAUCUUCUCUUUUCCUUCCACCCUAUCUGCUUCCCCGCCUUUUUGUUCUUUGGAUAUACUUGACUAUCACCCUUUCCUUUUUGUGCCCGCGUUGUUGUUUUUGUUCUGCGUUUGUUUCCACAGAUCCCGUGAGUGCAAACUGCAACUACCCGUUCCCCUCCGCAGGUCUUCAUCCACUGCAGCUGCUAACAAGAUGUACUUAGUUGCUGGUCAAAGAGGAUAG